GGCCGUUCCGGCGGCGCUCGGGCCCUUUCCCAGGCUGCCGCCGGGCUGGAGGCUGGAGCGGGCUGCGGCGGAGCGGCGGGCGCAGAGCGCGGCUCUCGGAGCCGCUGGGGAUCUGGCCCUGUGACUUUCUCUGUGAGAGCAAAGAAUGGAGACAGCUGAGUAAAUACAGCCUAAACCCCGGCUUUCCUGGCCGCUCGCCCGCCCUUCCCCGGCAGGCCGAGGGCCCGUGUGGCCCCAGGGCUGGGCUGGCCCCUGCUCCGCUCGCUGCCUCCUCCGCCGGGUGGGAAAGCCCAGGUGAUGGUUUGGUUUCUCCAGAUGGUUUGGUUUCUCCAGCGGCUCUGUGCUCUGACGUGCGCGAGUCGUGCUUAGAUCUGCCCGUGCGGUUCGGAGCAGCAGCUGGCUCUGUGCUGGUUCUCGCUCUUCUGCUGCUCUGCGAUGCUCUGGUCCUCCUAAAGGCACUGGGAAGAUAGGACUAGCAUGUCACACCGUCCUUGGCUGGAAGAGCUCUGUGCUGUUGCCAUCUGGACUCCAAGAAGUCUUUUUUGGUGAACUGAACCCUGGUCUCCUGUUUCUUUGCUGCAUGCCCGCUCACGAGUGCUGGAUUAUGUUUGUCUCCUUCUCCCUGUGCUCCAUCAUUUGGCUGAAUCGUGGCUUCAAGCUAAGGAAAAGGGGCUGCACUUAAGCACGCAGGGCCACCCCGAAAGAGGCUCCUGGGGUCCCGGUUUGUGCAGAGACGUUCAGAGCGCUGAUGGCGGAGAGCUGCCUCUGAGCUGCCUCCUCUGCCGCCCGUCGCCGCUGCCUCGCCGGUCAGAGUCAAGCCCCGGAGGCAGCGAGGAUGGGCAGCACCGACGGAUUCCAGUACCGUGCGCUCUACCCUUACCGCAAAGAGCGCGAGGAGGACAUCGACCUGGUGCCCGGGGACAUCCUGGUGGUGAGCAAGGGGGCCCUGCAAGCUUUGGGCUUCAAGGAUGGCGAUGAGCAGACCCCCAAUCAGAUCGGGUGGAUCCUGGGCGUCAACGAGCGGACCAAGCAGAAAGGAGACUUCCCUGGCACGUACGUGGAGUACGUCGGGCCCGUGAAGAUCUCCGUUCCCUCUCACCGGCCCCGAGUGCAGAGGCCCCUGCCCGCGACGCCCGGGGCCGGCGGGUGCCGUUUGCCGGAGGCUCUGGAGCAAGGACCUCUUCUCCCAGACCUGCAGGAGCAGUUCAGCCCUCCGGAGAUUGCUCCGCCGCUGCUGGUGAAGCUGGUGGAAGCCAUCGAGAAGAAAGGAUUAGACAGCGAGAUGUUGUACAGGACAUCUGGCUCCGAACUGAGGCAAGCUCUGAAAACUGAUUGGACCCUGGGCGACCUGGAGCCCUUCGACGUGCAUUCCCUGAGCGAAGCGCUGCGAGGCUACCUGCAAGACCUGCCAGCCCCCGUGGUGCCGGUGUCCGUGCACGGAGAAAUCCUUCGCAUCCUGCAGGAGAUCUCCCAGGCAGAGAAUUGCAGGAAGCAGCUGCUGCUGGCCCUAGAGUCGCCUGCGGUCCCGCUCCAGAACAUGCUCACCCUGCAGUUCCUGCUCCGGCAUCUGGGGAAGGUAUCGCAGCAGGCAGAGAGCAACAGCCUCCACCCUCGGGCCCUGGGGGAGAUUUUCGGCCCCCUUCUCCUCCGGCUGCCUGGCGCCAGCCCAGAGCUGAGCCCUGACUUCUCCGUGCUAUUUCUGGAAAUACUUCUGCAAACAAAGGAGUCGGAGCAAGAACAGUUGCCUCCAGCUUUGCCUCCAAAACCACCUAAGCCAAAGCCUAGUGCAGCCAGCCUGGCCAAUGGGAACAGCGUGUCCUUGCAGGACGCCGAGUGGUACUGGGGUGACAUUUCCCGGGAGGAAGUGAACGAGAAGCUACGGGACACACCAGAUGGUACUUUCCUUGUGCGUGAUGCCUCCAGCAAGAUCCAGGGGGAGUACACACUCACACUCAGGAAAGGAGGCAACAACAAGCUGAUCAAGAUCUUCCACCGGGAAGGGAAGUACGGCUUCUCAGAGCCCCUGACCUUUGGCUCGGUGGUGGAGCUCAUCACUCACUAUCGACACGAGUCGCUGGCCCAGUACAACGCCAAGCUGGACACUAGGCUGCUCUACCCCAUCUCCAAGUACCAGCAGGACCAAGUGGUGAAGGAGGACAGCGUGGAAGCCGUAGGAGAGCAGCUGAAGGUUUAUCACCAGCAGUACCAGGACAAGAGCUGGGAGUACGACCUGCUGUACGAGGAGUACACGCGCACUUCCCAGGAGCUGCAGAUGAAGAGGACAGCAAUUGAGGCCUUCAACGAAACUAUCAAGAUCUUUGAAGAGCAGUGCCAAACACAGGAGAAAUGCAGCAAGGAGUACAUCGAGCGCUUCCGGCGGGAGGGCAACGAGAAGGAGGUGCAACGGAUCCUCAUGAACUCGGAGAAGCUGAAGUCUCGCAUCACGGAGAUCCACGACAGCAAGAUGAAGCUGGAGCAGGACCUGAAGAAACAAGCGUCAGAGAACCGGGAGAUCGACAAGCGCAUGAACAGCCUCAAGCCAGACCUUAUGCAGCUGCGCAAGCUGCGGGACCAAUAUUUGGUGUGGCUGACUCAGAAGGGUGCCCGGCAGAAGAAGAUCAACGAGUGGCUGGGCAUCAAGAACGAGACCGAGGACCAAUACUCCAUGAUGGAUGACGAGGAGGAACUGCCCCACCACGAGGAGCGGACGUGGUACGUGGGGAAGAUCAACCGCCUGCAGGCGGAGGAGAUGCUGUGCGGCAAGCGGGACGGCACCUUCCUGAUCCGCGAGAGCAGCCAGAAGGGCUGCUAUGCCUGCUCCGUGGUGGUGGACGGCGACACCAAGCACUGCGUCAUCUACAAGACGGCGACCGGCUACGGAUUUGCUGAGCCCUACAACCUCUACGCCUCCCUCAAGGACCUGGUCCUGCACUACAAGCACACGUCCCUGGUGCAGCACAAUGACUCUCUGAAUGUCACGCUGGCUCACCCGGUCCUCUCCCAGCCACCAGCCAGAUGAGCAGCCUGUGCACAACACAACAGCUGCCUUCAGCUUCUCCCCAGGGCGCUGCUUUCUGGCUCUGGACUCGCACCCUGUAUAGUUGAGUCUCUGUGCUCCUGCCCCUCCAGAGCCUCUGAGAUGUCUGUGACCGUUCCUGGUGUCCCUUUUUGGUCAGUAGCUGAAACCCGUGUUGGCUGGUGGGACAAAAAGGCUGGGCUGUUGACUCCCAAUGGGCUCCAGCGUUUAGGAGGUGGGAUCCAGUUGUGAUUGAAUCGCUGUGGGUGAGCGCAGCCCCCUUCCCCUUCCCCGAUAAGCAGGCGAGAUCCCCUUCUUGCAGGCAGGUUGCCCCGCUACACGUCACUGUAGAGCUAGGUUCCCAAUUCCUCAGUGCGCUACGGCGUGGGCCACCCACCGGGGCCACGCUCCGCUCGGACCGAGGGGCUCCCUGCCUGGCUGCGGAGGACGGCCGAGGAGGAGCCUCCACGGAGCGGCACUGAGCGGUUGAGCGUGUGCGUCCUCCGCUCUUGCUUCCUUCGGAGAUCUCUCAGGCUGCGGUGGGAGCUGGGGUUUGGUACGAGGGGUGCUGCUCUUCCGUGCAAAGACUGCUUUAGGAAGGAGGCAGUCCGGUCCUGCGCGGGGCAGAGGGUGGGCCAGGACCGGGGCUGCUCUGGGCCCUGCCCCACCUCACUGCCUUGUUCCUUAGUUUCGUAACCACCUCUUGAGUGUUGCUGUCUGGGGAGGGAGGAUCCAGUUAGUGAGGAAUCUCUCGCCUUGGUUGUGCCAACUAAGCUGUGAAAUCUGUGUUGGUACCGUGUUUUUCCCGGCAGAAUCUGUGGGACGCACAGCUCUUUGUUUCUGUUGUCUUCAGUGAAUCUCCGCAGACGUAACCCCUUGAAGCUAACUGUAGCCAUGUAAAUACGGUUCUUUUGUAAUCGGCUGCUUACCUAGUACUGGUGUAUGCUGAACUUCCAUUACGAUAUGCAAGCGCCCGGGCAACAGCUCACCAGACUGUUACCGACUCGGGUCCCCGGCCCUGGACGCAGGAGGUGGCUGGAGCCUGACGCACACUACGAGCCCAACGCUAAAUGAAGGACCUCUCUGCUGCAGGAGGAUGGUAUCUCCGCUGGGCCUGGGGCCUUAGCACAUAGCAAUGUAUAUGCAUGACGUCGAACCAUGUAUGCAAAGCACUUAUAAUCACGAGUACUGUACGAGCUGA